UAAUUUCUAAAAUCUUACUUAUCUGCCGAGUUUAUAAAUGUUAUUCUUGGUGUGAAUUUCGCAGUAAUACAUUUAUACAGAUUUCAUCAAGGAGUUCUACUUUUUUGAAAAGUUAUCAAGAAUGGUUAACUACUUCAAAAUAAUUGGAAUUUGGAGAUUCAUCUAUACACUUCUAUUCACGCUUCUAUUGAUGACUGAACAUGCAAACUGCUGGCCGAUAGAAAUAAAUGGAGUGGGUCAAGAUUCAGUUAAAAACAAUCCGAUGCACAAAAGAAAUGAGGGAGGAUUUGGAGGUAGCAUUAACUUUGGAGCUGGCAUAGGUGUAAGAGGGUUUGGUGGUAGUAUGACAACAGGCGGGUCAGGAGAGCUAGGUAUUAGCAUAUCAAAUGGAAGAGUCGGUCAGUUUGAUGGUAGUAUAGCACAUGAAGGAGAUACUCAUGAUGGCAUCGAAAGUGAAAGAACUGGAACUGGUGGUAGUAUGACAAGUGGCGGAACUGGUAACAGUGCUGGUAUUAUAACAAGUGGAGGAACUGGUAACAUUAAUGGUAUUAUGACAAGUGGAGGAACUGGUAACAGUGCUGGUAUCAUAACAAGUGGAGGAACUGGUUACAUAAGUGGUAUUAAGACAAAUGAAGAAACAGAAAUUAUUCAUAGAAGUAUGGGAAGUAAAAAAACUAAGCUAAGUGGUAGUUUAGUAAACGUAGGAUCUCAAAUGUUUAUAGGCGGUAUAACAAGUAAUUUACUCGGUGGGUCUGAAGGUAAUAUGGCAAAUUUAGGAACUGGUAGUGGCAUAGCUAAUGAAAGAACUGGGAUUGAGAGUAGUAUUACUAAUGACGGAACUAGUGAUAUUGAUGGCAUAAGGAAAGAAUCAGGAACUAUCGAAAAUAAACAUGAUGUUAGUAGAGUUAUUGAUGGAUCGAAAGCGUCAGAUAGAAGUAUAGCAAGUGGAAUAUCUAUAGGGUUUGAAAGUAACAUGGCGAUUGCAGCAUCUGAAGCGUUAGAAGGAAACUUAACAAGUGUGGGCCCUGAUGCUGUCGGUAGUAGUAUGACAAAUGGAGGAACGGGCUUUAAUAGUCAUAAAACUAGCGAAGUAGCUGAAGGUAGUAAACAGAUCAAGUUAACUGAAGGAUUUGAAGAAAACGAUGGUAACCUGUCAAAUGCAGUAUUUAGAAGCACUGAUGGAAGUAUAGCAGAUAGACAAACUAAGGUCGAUGCUGAUAGAAAAAAUGAAUUAACUGAAGUUGUUGAUUCUAGCAUGAUAAGCCGAAAAUCUGAAAGUAUUGAUAGUAGGCAUGUAAGCGGUGGAAUUGAUAGUAUUAUAUUGAAUAAAGAAACUGGAAGUAUUGAUGGCAGCCUGUUAAGUGAAGCAUCAGAAAAUAUUCAUAGAAGUAAUCCAAAUGUAAAAACUAAACUUGAUGGUAGCCUAACAAGCGAAGAAUCUAAAGGGUAUGUUGGUAAAAUAGCCAGUGAAAGAUCUGAAGGGUUUGAAACUGUCAUUAAAAGGGAAAGAAUUGAAAAAUUUGAUGAUAGCAAAACAAGCGUGAGUACUGGAAAGUUUUAUGAUAGCAAAACAAGUGGAAGUUCUGGAGACCUUAAUACUAGUAAAUUAGGUAGCAGCCUGUUAAGUGAAGUAUCAGAAAAUAUUCAUAGAAGUAAUCCAAAUGUAAAACCUAAACUUGAUGGUAGUCUAACAAGCGAAGGAUCUAACGGGUAUGUUGGUAAAAUAGCUCGUGAACGAUCUGAAGGGUUUGAAACUGUCAUGAAAAGUGAAAGAAUUGAAAAAUUUGAUGAUAGCAAAACAAGCGUAAGAACUGGAAAGUUUUAUGAUAGCAAAUCAAGUGGGAGUUCUGGAGACCUUAAUGGUAGUAAAUUAGGUGGAGGAUCUGUGAACUAUAGGGACAAUGUGGCAAAUGAGAGGUCUAGAGUGUUUGACGGAAGUAUGGAAAGUGGAGGGUCUGAACGGAUUGAUAAUAGCAUGGUCAAUGGAGGACGUGAAGAAGCUGAUGGCAGAAUGAUAAUUGGUGGCACCGGAAGGUUUGGUGGUAUUAUAGCUAGUGGAGGAUUUGAAGUGUUUGGUAAUAAUAUGGAAGGUAUUAAGUCUGGAGAUAAGGAAAGAGAAGUUUUAUUUAAAAGCAAAUCAAGUGAUUUAGGAUUAAAAGGCAUUUUAGGAGGUGGAACUGUAGGAUUUAAUAACUUCGCGAGGAUUGAGAAUUUAGAGCACGAAACUGGUAAUCCAGCACCUUUUGGUAUUGGUAAUCAAAAUGGACUAAACAAAGCAAAUGGAGAAUUAAGAAACAGUAUGAAUUCGGCGACAAUGCGUACAAGAAUACCUGAAAAUGGAAUUUUUGCAAAUGGAGGAAUUAUAUCACGGAAUGGUGGCCUUUCAAGGGGGGUGUUAAUAAGAAAUGGAGGUAUUUCAGACGGCUUUUUGGCAAGAGGUGAUAGAAUCAUGAGUGAUGGACUGUCUAUGGGAGCUCUAGGAGGUGGAUUUUCGCAAAAAAUGAACUCUUUUGGAGGCGCAAUCCCACAAGGUGCUAUAGUAGGAUCUACAGGCUACAGGGGAAGGAUAAAUAAUCUUUCUCCAGUUAUUUCACGUUGCACGCAUCAUGGCUCAGAAGGAUGUUCGACGAAGGUAGAACAUACUCCUAGAAAUGGUUUAUCCGUGACUGGACAAAGUCGAUCUAUGCUAGACACGAGAACUGAGGACAAUCUUAAAACAUUUCAUUCAAUAAACAAAAUUAAAUUCCUUGUGCCUCACAAAAUAUUCAAAUGACGAAGCAUUAACUACAUGGUACUGGAAGCAUUAAACGUCAAUUAAAAUAUUAUCUGCAAUAUUUGACUCUAUUUUCAUUUCUAAGUCUCCCAAUUGUUCAGAAUUUAAGAAGACCAAGUAAGAGCAACAGCUGUGUCUAUUAUAGAUUUUAUAUUCUGUUCUGAUGCCUAUUAAUUUUCUCUGACGUAGUUUUAAAUAAUAAAACUUUUUUUGAAA